CCGGCCUUGUCUAAAAAUACACCGUCUCACUCUGUCGCCAAGAACUAGCCCAGUCCUCUUUCGUGUACACCAACGUCACCAACCUUAUCACUGAAAAUGGCUGAACGAUUACAAGAUAAUCGACUAACGUCAAUAGUUCCCCAUGAUUCAGUGUUUACAAAGUGCAAAUUUGUAUUUGACGUGGUGUAGUGCAGCGGGUUAUUUCUAUGAUGUCGUCUACAACGUCACUCGCGGGAAAAAAAUUGGUAUUGGGUACCCUGCUUGAGACGGACCACUACGAGAGCCUAGUGAGGGAUCUAACAUGCACCAAAUGCAACAAGUACAUGAAACCCCCCAUCCACUUGUGUGUGGACGGACAUAGCAUAUGUGGAUCUUGCUUUGAAAAGAGCUUCCAGUGCCAUGUAUGCAAGAAAGAGUUCUCUCUCAUCCGGCCGAUGGUGCUGGAAUCUCUGGCCAACAAGGUGCUGUUCCCCUGCGUGAACAGCGGCUGCCCGAAGCACGCCACGCUGCCGCUGCUCGAGAAGCACUCUGCGCAUUGCCAGUAUCGCAUCAUCAACUGUUUCAUGGCCCGAGUUUAUGGAGAAUGCAAAUGGGAAGGCAGAGCUGGAGAGUGGAUGGACCACUGUUUUGUCGAGCACAAGUCUCGAGUCACCGAAGUCCCGUUCAUCACCGUGAAGGACAAGUGGGACCCCAAGAGGACGGAGCCUGUUCUCAACUACUUCUUGCUUAAGUGCUACGAGAAGGUGUUCAACGUUUACCAGAUUUAUGAUAAGAGAGGAGGAAGAAUGAUGUGGACAGUUUUGGUGAAUGAUGAGCACGCUGAGAAAUUCUACUUUGAAGUUGAUAUAUUUUUACCGAGUCUGCCAAGUAAAAGAAUAAUGUAUAGACGUCCGUGUAAGUGCGAGAAGGACGCAGACUUCCUGGAGCACACCCAGAACGUGUACAUUCCUGUAGAAAACGUGUUCUCCAUGCUGGAUGAGAGCGAGUCCAUGAACUUUACUGUUCGGAUUGGCGAGGUGGAAAACCUGGCGCUGCUGGAAUCGCCUUCAGUGAGCGAGAGUCGCAUCCUUCUACAUGACGACGAGGAAAUCCUUCACAUCGACAAUUAAAUUACAUACCAUAAAGGAUAACUCACGUUAGACCGGGCU